AUGCCUCUCCCCGCUCCCCCGCACCGCGUCGUGACGCACCUCUACAACACUGCGCGCGCGUCCCUCGCCCGCACCUCCCUCCCUUACACCAACUCGGCCGUCGGCAUCUCCUCCAUCCUCCUCCGUCACGGCCUCCUCUCCAACAUCUCCCGCGGCACCCCGACGCACCCGGACCCCACCGAGUUCCCCACGCUCCCCAAGGCCGCACAGCGCCUGUGGGUCGGCCACAAGUACCGUGCCGGCUCGCCCGUCCUGCGCCACAUGGAGCUCGUCUCCAAGGCGUCCCUCCGCAAGCUCGUCUCGCGUGACGAGCUCGGUCUCCUCCUGAGGGGCAAGCGCGCACGCAACAUCAACGGCGUCGGCACCGGAGAGAUCCUCGUCGUCAAGGUCCCCACCGACUCCAAGACCGCGCGUACCGGCGCCGACACCUACAUGGAGGGCUGGGAGGCAUACCGCGCCGGCCUCGGCGGCGAGGUCAUCUGCCGCGCCGCGUAA